AAAAAAUGUCUAGUGUCAAACUGUCAAAACAUACAUCGACAUUCAUUAACAACUAUUUGUCAUCAAUUGUUGUGAAUUAGGCGUGGACUUUGUGGAAUAUUUAUUUUGUUUAUAAAAAAUCAUUUUUACCAAUUCAAACAUACUAAAAAACGACCUGAACAAAAUGAAUUCAAUGAAAAUAAUUGCUUGUACAAUAUUAUUUGCAUCCAUAAUUUCUUCUUGUGCUGCACUUGAAUGCUAUGUGUGUUCAAAUCAAACAGAGAAUACUGAAAAAUGUCUGAAUACUAUUAAAACAUGCGAACAAGGAGAAGAUGUUUGUUUGACAGAGAUCCGAUGGGGCAGUCAACCAUAUUUCACUCAAGGUGCACUGAAGCAGUACUAUGUUUCAAAAAGGUGUUCAACCAAAAAGCUAUGUACAACCAUUCGUCGAAAGUACAUGCCGUAUUGUACCCACAUUUGGUAUGAAGAUUGGCUUUGUUCGGAAUGUUGCCAGGGUGACAGAUGUAAUUAUUAUGUUAUUAGCGGUUCUGAACGGCUAUCGUACUACUUAUGGUACGUUUCGGCAGUAAUUACAUUAUUGGUUUAUCCAAUACUUUCACUGUAAACGAAGACACAAAAAAAAUUAAUCAUAUUGACAUUGAAAAAGAUAAAAAAAAAAAUCAAAUUUCGAUCAAUUUGAGGUCAAAUCGAGUUACUUUAUUUGUAAGAUCGUCAAAAAUCACAAUCGUGUGCCUUAAAAAUUUACUGUUUUAUUUGUAAAUCAUUCGUACCGUCCAUUUAAUUAAAAUAUUGUAAAAUGAUCUGUAACGAUUCCGUCCAAACGAUUUAAAAAAUAGUUUCA